ACACUUGACAAGUUUGUCUCACCAGGCAAGAUGAAAUCUCAACUGCUCUUAGUGCUGUGCUUGGCAAUCCAAGCUUGGGGCUCCUGUCCCAAAGUUUCUGUUGUAGAAUCCUUGGACCUUGAUAAGUUCAUGGGCACAUGGUACCAAUACGCCAGCCAUGGCGAGUUCUUCAUCAAGGGCUGGGACAGGUGUGUUAAGUCCGUUUACACGCUUGGCGAUGACAAGAAGACCAUCACUAUGGAAAAUACCAGAAUAGUCAACGGAAUUGAGAAACCCGUCGACUCCACCUGGACGGCAGAGGCUUCUGAUCCUGCUGACGGCAAACUCAAAAUCAAAGUUAAAGUACCAGUUCUCGGACAGAUCAGCGUCCCCUUGAAUGUCCUGGCCACGGACUACGAUACCUACGCUGUCAUCCACGCCUGCAAACAACUCGCCUUCCUCAAGUCCAAUUCUGUGAUGAUCCUCACGAGAGACCAGACUCCCUCUGAAGACACAAUAACCAAGAUCGAUGAAGCGGUGGAACCAGUUCUGGAGAAGAACGGAUUCGACAAGACCAAGUUCACUCUGACCAGCCAGGACGAUUGCGAUAACCCAGCUGACUUCCUGCAACACUGGGACAAGGUUGCUGCCGUCAUCAAGGGCUAAUUCCUGUUGUUGUACAUUAAUUGUUAAUAAAUUGCAUUUAAAAACUA